CUGACAUUCUGAACGAGCAGACUUCCGGAACGCGUUUCCUGCAACGCAGCCUUUAUCUGUAAACAACUUGUGUUUCCGAGAUGAAUCGCAGCACAUCAUCGGAGAAAAAUGCUAGAGAGAAAAAAACACAGAAAAAGAAACGCGGACGGUCUUCUUCCUCCUCCGCCUCCUCUUCCUCUUCCAGCAGGAGCAGGUCGGCUAAGAAAACCUCUCUCAAGAAGAAGAAGAAGAAGAAGACAGAUGGAAAAGAGCUACGAAAGAGGCGGAGGGCGCGCUCUUCAUCUUCAUCAUCUACCGCCUCCUCCUCCUCUUCUUCCUCUUCAUCUUCUUCCUCCUCAAGCGAUGAGAGGAGAAAGAGGAAGAAGAGCAAAGCCAGGAAGAAGAAGCUGAAGAAGCAGAAGGCCAAGCUGAAGAAACAGAGGAAAAAGGAGAAAAAGAAGCUGAAGAAGCUGAAGAAAGACGCAGAGACGCUGCAGACUCCAGUAGUGAAACCUUCCUCCUACCUGGAUGUGAUGCAGAAGCAAGAAGAGGAAGAGGAGGAGGAGGAGCUGGGGCCAGUCAUGACCGAUGAGCAGAAGGCCCGGCUCGCCACUAAGAGACCUCUAACUAAGGAGGAGUACGAGGCCAGGCAGAGCGUGAUCCGCAGGGUGGUGGACCCUGAAACAGGAAGAACCAGGUUGAUGAGAGGAGAAGGAGAGAUCAUUGAGGAGAUAGUGACCCGAGACAGACACAAAGAGAUCAACAAGCAAGCAACAAUGGGAGAUGGUAAUGCCUUCCAGAGAAAACUGGGAAUGAACAGGUAGAAGAUAUCUACACAGCUUCAGUGAAAUUUUCCAAACUGCUGAGACCUUCAGAAGAAAAGACCCAGACCGUUUACUUCCUGUUCGUUUCUGAGUCAUUCUGAUUCUUUUAAAUAUCUUGUAAAGAUUUUCACAGUUUAAAUGUAUGUUUGAAUUAUGGCUGCAGGUUUCAUCAUUUUACAUCACACAGAAGCAAACUGUAAUUUAUACUAAAUAUGAAACAUAAUAAAUCAGAUUCAGUUA